AUGCCACCUCCACACCUCCACCCAAGGUCGCGCAUGACCUCGUCGCUCUUCGCAACCACGGUCGUGGCGAGCUUCUUCGUUGUCGCUCUCCCUCACAUUCUGCCAUGCCCGGCGCCUAGGAUCAUCUACGCUGACGGCGAAAUGUCAGACGGGACCGUCAAGAGGAGGAGGCGGAGGCGGCCGGAUUGCGCCGACACAAAGGAAGGCCUUGUUCAGUUCCAGACCAGCAUCGAGGACCACGAUGAAGCGACCAAGUCCAAGGCGUCGAAGAGGGAGUGUCCUGUGCCCAAGCCCGGCGGCAUGCUGGGCGAGCUUCUGGGCUUCAGGAAGACGAACAACGAGGGGCCCCGGUCCGGGCCCGAAUCUCGGUGA